UUAUACAAAAGAGCAGGGGAAACGGGGCGAAGAAAUAAUAAUACAGGAGAAAGAAAUUCAGACAGCUGCGCGCAUUCUCGUCCAGUUCAAAUCUAAAUCACAAACAAAAAGCUUGAGCAGGAAGCAAUGUUUGUCCGAAAAUUAUAUACAGAAAUAAGCAGGUAGUGAAAUCGCUUCAGCACAGAGCCUUGGAGUAAAAGAGAUUCAGUCGUUGUAGUCUUGAAAAAAUGACAGAUUUACAUGCACAAUUACCCUUCUCGGCGGGGCCAAGAUCUGUGGCUGACCUCUUCGGAGAAGAUUCAAACGAUUCGCAGGCAUUAUGGUUCAAAAAGGAUGUGUUUAUGCAGCCUGAUUUCGAUAGCGAGUCGUACAUUGCAGAUCUGAGGCGCUUCGUUGCUCUUGAGACGCUGCGCGCUGAGCUUCGGGGGCAUCUCGCCCUUCUCAAGAAUGAAUUGGUGGAAUUAAUCAAUAGAGAUUAUGCGGAUUUCGUGAAUUUGAGCACUAAGCUAGUGGAUGUGGAGGGGGCUGUGCUCAGAAUGCGGACGCCAUUGACGGAGCUUAGGGAUAAAAUAAGCAGUGUUAGAAGCAGCGUGGAUUCUUCUCUGCAGGCCGUUCAAGAUGGCUUGAGAAGGCGGGCGCAGGCUUCCAAUUCCAGAGAAAUACUUGAGCUUCUUCUCGACACUUCUCAUGUUCUUUCCAAGGUAGAGAAACUUAUGGUUGAGUUGCAAAGCAUGCCUGAAGAGGGAGCUAUUUCUCACACUGAACCAGGCAACAAAAGCUCCUUUAGUAAUGGUACUGUGGUAGAGAUUGCUGAGAAUGGUGCAAACCUUGAGGAGACCCGAAGUAUGCUGUUGGAACGGAUUGCAAGUGAAAUGAAUAGAUUGAAAUUUUAUAUUGCUCGUGCCCAGAACCUUCCUUUCAUUCAGAAUAUGGAUAAGAGGAUACAGAGUGCUAGUUUAUCACUAGACAAGAGCCUGCGUCGCUGCUUUGAAAUUGGCUUGGAGUGUCAUGAUGAAAGUGUCAUUUAUAAUUGUCUUCGUGCAUUUGCCGCAAUCGAUAACACUAAUGGGGCAGAAGAAACUUUUCGGUCAACUAUAGUUGCCCCAUAUAUUCAAAAAGUCAUUCCUUCAACCCCUUUGAAAGAAGUUGGAGGUUCUAUUGAUAUACUUGAGGAAGACUAUCAACAGAUCAAGAAGUUUGUUGAGAAAGAUUGCAAGUUCCUACUUGAUAUUGCUGCAUCAGCAAAUUCAGGAUUACACGUCUUUAAUUUCUUAGCCAAUUCAAUUUUGAAAGAGGUUCUAUCAGCCAUUCAGAAAGGAAAAGCAGGUGCAUUGUCUCCUGGUAAACCGGCAGAGUUUUUGAUGAACUACAAAUCAAGCAUGGAGUUCAUAACUUUUCUUGAAGGAUUUUGCUUUUCAAAAUCUGCAGCUGGUGGAUUUCGUUUGCAGCCUGUUUAUGUAGAUUUUGUGAAACAGUGGAAUCUCGGAGCCUACUUUACACUUAGAUUUCAGGAAAUUGCCAAUUGUCUCGAGUCUGCAUUGGUUACAAGUAGCAUUAUCCCAUUAGAUAAUUCUCAGAAUCAUCAAGAUGGAGUUUUGAAUUUAACAGUAAAGCAAUCUAUUGUUCUUUUGGAAUGCUUGCAUCGAUGCUGGCGAGAUGACGUUUAUAUAGCUUCAAUUGCAGAUAAAUUUCUUCGUUUGACACUGCAGCUUCUUUCUAGGUAUUCAAUGUGGUUGUCAACUGGACUUGCUGCAUGUAGGAAGGGAAAUACAACCUCCGGCACUAGUGGUGAAGGGGCUCUUGUUGCAACACUAGAGGAUCUAAUUUUUAUAAGACAUGACAUAGAUCUCCUUGUGAAAGAAGUCAAUGGUUCUUACUUGGAGCAUGUUAUGGGGUUGCUUGCAUCUUGUCCAGAGGAAGUUCUUGCUCUAGUAAGACAGAGCAUUCUGCAGGCAUCACAAGGAUUAAUAAAUUCUGUUCCUAUAGUAUUGGAUGUCAUUAUCGAAGCAAUGGUGGAGAAGUCUGUUGAGGUUUUGAGGCAACUUAAGGGAAUCUCUGCUACAUAUAGAAUGACAAACAAACCACUUCCAGUGCGCCAUUCACCAUAUGUUUCUGGUGCGCUUCAACCUUUGAAGACAUUUCUUGAGGGGGAACGUGCUAUAUAUUUAACGAAAGAGACAAGAAAUCAAAUACUUCAGUCUGCUGCUGAGAGAAUUACUGCUCGAUAUAAUGAACUAGCAUCAGAGCUUGUGACAGUGGCAAGAAAGACCGAAUCUUCACUGCAACGUAUAAGGCAGGGUGCUCAGAGAAGAGGAGGCACUGGGACAGAUUCCUUAGAUGGCAAUUUAUCUAACACGGACAAGAUUUGCAUGCAGUUGUUUCUUGAUGUUCAGGAGUAUGGGCGUCGCCUUUCUUCCAUUGGAGUUGUUGCAACUGAGAUCCCUGCUUAUACCUCACUGUGGCAGUGUGUGGCUCCUCCAGGCAGACAAUCAUCGAUACAAUUUUGAUAUGUUUUAGUAUCCUGAUCUGAGUUUUGCUAGGACAUGCUGUUAUGUAACUAAUGUCUUCAAGUUUUCCAAGGUGAGAACAAACUCCUCACUUGUGCUUUUUCGUUUGGUGGGGAGAUUGCAAGAGGGUCCCAUUUGCAAGUUUUAGAACUUGUGUCUUUGCAAUAUUUGUGGCGGUUGGGUUUGACUUCAGCAUAAGUUGUCAUGUGUACCUUGAUGUUUAAGUAUUCAAGAGGUUUAGUUGAGCUAAAAUUGUACUCCUGUCCAAAUGUAUAUCAUUGUUGCUUGUGUCGUGUAAUCAAUUGACCUCCUUUUGUUUACUCACAAAUGAGGAUUGCUUUGUAGGUAAAGCUAACAUUCAAAAAUAUAAGAUACGAGUAAGUAAUGUUCUUGACUCACUGUUUGAUGAUGACAUUUACUCAUCAAAUAGGAAGCUAGUAACUAUGUUUGUCCACCCUUGGAUGAUUUAAAUUUGCCUCCAACAAAAUGACAUGUAAGGUGACCAAGUUGUUGAUUUCA